AUGGCUAACGACCUAAUUGACAUCACGGUUGACAACCUCGAUAUCAAGGUGGAGUGCUCUGAGGACAGCCACCCUCGAUACUCGUCGCACGAAUAUGAGCGCCCGCCGUCGCCGGCACCUUCCAACAAGAAACCGAAGCGUCGUCCGAAGCCCAUCGAAGUCGAUGAUGAUGAACAUGGGGGUGUGUCCGCGCCCCCCCCCGCACCGGCAUGA